AGCAAAGAGUAAAGAGAGUAGGAGAGUCAAGUCCGAGAAGUCCGGUAUUAAAUCAGUUGGGCUGUAGAUGUGAGCUCGUCAGGACGACUGUAGAAUGUGAAGUGUUCAAACAAAAGUGUUUAUCUGUGUGUGUGUGUGUGUGAGAUAGACAAUGUGUUUAAGAAUCUCCAUACUCCCAUUUCUCUUAAUCGCUUUCCUUAAGGAGGUGCAAUGUUCCGGAUACAUGGAGGUGGAGAUCCUCGAAGUGUCCAACUACAUGGGAGUCCGGAGGGACGGAUGUUGCGGAGGUGGAAAGCCACAGCCUCCGCUCCCUUGUAAAACUCAAUGUUUGACGUUCUUUAGGCUUUGCCUCAAAGAAUAUCAGAGCAACGUUGCCGCCGGUGGAUCCUGUUCAUUCGGUAACACAUCCAGCCCCAUCCUCGGCGGUAACUCGUUCACUCUGACGAAUCCUGACGAAACGACGCUUAGACUUCAUUUCACGUUCAGAUGGACGAGAUCAUUUACGUUGAUUCUUCAGGCUGUAGAUUAUAACAAUUCUACAUCUUCAGAUUCGACAGGGAUAAUAGAAGAAGCAUCAUAUUCCGGAAUCAUCUUGCCAAGCCCUACGUGGCACACGUUGAAUCACCAGGGUCAAAUAGCGAACAUUAUAUAUAGGGUGCGUGUCCAGUGCGACCAGCAUUAUUUCAACGCCACUUGCACCAAACUCUGCCGGCCCAGGGACGACAAAUUCGGCCACUACACUUGCGACACAAAUGGCGACAAGGUGUGCAUCAACGGCUGGAAAGGGACCAACUGUGAAACCGCCGUUUGUAAGGAAGGAUGCCAUCCAGUGCACGGGAAAUGUGAAAAACCAGGAGACUGCGAGUGCCGUCCAGGAUGGAGAGGAGAAUUGUGCACCCAGUGCGCCCCCUACCCGGGCUGCAAGCACGGCUACUGCAACGGUUCGUCCUGGCAGUGUAUCUGCGAUACCAACUGGGGUGGAAUUCUUUGCGACCAAGAUUUGAAUUACUGCGGGACGCACGAACCAUGUGAGAACGGUGGUACUUGCGAGAACACGGCGCCGGACCAGUAUCUCUGCAGAUGCCUCGAAGGCUUUUCCGGCUUGAACUGCGAAGUGAUAGACAACCCUUGCGUUACGGAACCUUGCGCCAACGGGGGUCGUUGUAUACAAAAGGCGGGUCAAUUCCACUGCGUCUGUCCGAACGGAUGGGCUGGCCCGACAUGUGCAGUCGAAAUAGACGAGUGUGCCUCAGCGCCUUGUCAAAAUCGGGCCACGUGCGUGGACCUGGUCGGUGGCUACGAAUGUCUUUGUCCCAGCGGUUGGGAAGGAUCUAUCUGUCAAUAUGAUGUUGAUGAAUGCGCCAAGGACUGGUGUAUUAACUCUUACUCAUGUCAGAAUUUGGCUGGUGACUACAAAUGCAAAUGUCAAAAAGGUUGGUCAGGGAAAAAUUGCACGCUCAACAUUAAUGAUUGUGUCGGCCAGUGUCAAAAUGGAGCCACCUGCAUCGACUUGGUAAACGACUACCAUUGUGCUUGUGAACCUGGAUUUACCGGUCGUAACUGUGCUACUGAUAUUGAUGACUGUCAGAGUAAUCCAUGCCAAAAUGGCGGUGAAUGUGUCGACCAGGUGAACAACUUCCGAUGCAUCUGCCCAGUCGACUACAUGGGUGAAUUCUGCGAGAUUGACCAUGACCACUGCACUCCAAAUCCUUGUGAAAAUGGGGCACCGUGUUUUAAAACACAAGCAGAUUAUUACUGCCACUGUCCACAAGAUUGGCAAGGGAAAAACUGUUCAAUACCUAAAAUUUUCUGUUCUCACCCACCAUGCCAAGCCAAGAUGUUUGCUCCUGGUUCAGGAGUUUAUUUUACAUGGUGGCGAAAUUCAAGGGUUACUUCAGUGACAGUGGACAGCUGUGUCAUAACUAUGCCAUCGAACUCUUCUGGUGGUUUGUCUCUUGUGGCAACGGGGGUUUGCGGUGAGCAUGGCCAUUGCUAUAACUUGCCUGGAGGUGGAUUCAGAUGUUCUUGUGAAGCUGGCUACACAGGAAAAUUCUGUCAUGAAAAUAUUAAUGAUUGUAAGCGAAACCCUUGUCAGAAUGGAGGAACGUGUGUGGAUAAAAUCAAUUCUUUUCAAUGUAUUUGUCGUGAAGGAUGGGAAGGAGACUUAUGUACUAUUAACACUGAUGACUGUAAUUCAAAUCCUUGUCAGCACAAUGGCACAUGUGUCGACUUGACUGCUGAUUUCCAAUGUGAAUGUAAAAGUGGCUGGAAAGGAAAAACAUGUUCUCUUCGUCAUGGCCAUUGUGACUUUUCGACUUGCCUCAAUGGUGGGACAUGCCAAGAUUUAGGUCACACGUUUCUCUGCCGGUGCCCACCUUUUUGGGAUGGCUCUGUUUGUCAUUUAGCAAAAAUCAAUGUUUGUAAAUCAAAUCCGUGUGAAAACGGUGGCACGUGUGUUAAUACUGGCACUACAUAUACAUGCAUUUGUCAAGAGGGCUAUGAAGGUGCGCAUUGCGAAAGAGAUAUUAAUGACUGCCUCUCUUCUCCUUGUUAUAAUGGUGGGAAAUGUACUGAUGGAAUUAAUUGGUUUCUUUGUGACUGUGCUCCCGGCUUUGCUGGCCCAGAUUGUCGAAUAAAUAUUAAUGACUGUGCUUCAAAUCCUUGUGGAGCUGGAGCUACUUGUGUUGACAACAUUGCAAGUUUUACAUGUCUCUGUCCACCUGGAAAAACAGGACCGUUAUGUCUUCAAGUUGAAGAAAUUGUCUUCUCAAGUGGUGUGUGUGAGUGGAUGGGUCAGUACCUAAGUAACAAUUCAGUAUGGCAGGAAAACUGCAAUCAGUGUCACUGCAUUGACAAUAUUGUAACAUGUACUCAAGUAUGGUGUGGUUUAAACAAUUGUCUCCAACAAACAAAUGCCUGUGGCCAUAAUCAAGUUUGUGUGCCUUGGGGACGUGAAGGUUGUUUGUCGACUGGAUGCGAAGGCUGGGGAGAGUGCAGGGAAUUAAUUAGCGGAAAGUUAGUCGGACCUCCACAAGUACCGUCUCCUGAAACAUGCUGGCCGAAUCAGGCUGUCCUAAGCAAUAGUUGUGCUUUAUUAUAUUUGACUUUUAUGACUCAUUCACUCCGCCCAGGAAUCAGUACAGAGACUGUGUGUAAAGAGCUCAGAUCUCUUUUAGCGACGACUCAUGCAGCACUUCACAGCAUAAUAGUUCUAUGUGAAAUAAAGACAGGAUCAAAUGACACCGUGGAAGUUACUAUGUGGAGUGGAGAAACCAGUGGAGAAGGUGUUAAAGAGGCUGUACGCGUUAUCGGCGAACUUGUAAGCCAUAAGCAAACGAAUGCAAAUUCUGUAUUAUCUUUUGCAUUAGAGGUUAAAGUUGAAACAGCACUUAUUUCUCAACGCGAUGAUGAUGAAAGCACUACAUUCUGGAAUAGUUCAUCUACAUUGAUUCUAAUACCAAGUUUCAUUAUCAUUGCUCUUAUUGCAAUGCUUUUCUACUGGUUUAAAAUGAAACCCCAAGCGGCAGUGAACAACACUUGCAGAAGGAGCCAUGAAGAUGAGAAAUCGAAUAAUAUCCAAAACGAGGAGAAUUUCAGAAGAUAUACAAACCCUUUGAAAGAAGACAUCAGCGGGAAUACUGUGGACGGGUCGUCACGGGUCAGCGUUGUCCGGCCUCUUUCAACUUUAUCGAGCGAAGGUUUGGAGUUGACUUGCGAAGAAGAAAAACCAGGUCCAAGUCAAGUUCUCCUUUUUAAAAACCAAAACACCUGCCCUGAAAACGAUUUGCAUAAAGACAUCGAUUGUGUGAGAAAAAAUUUAACUGUGGUGCCUUUAGUUCAAAGGACGUACAAAGAUGAAAACCAAGUUCCCAGUGAUGUGUUUACAGUGCUUGUUUGAUUUUAAAAAAAUUAAUAUUUUUUUAAAAGUGCUAGAACUUUUAUUAUGAGCUAUGAAUCACUUGCCACUUCCAUCUAACAUCAAGCAUUUCUAAUUUUGAAUGGUAAAUAAUUAUUGAUAUAAACUUACAUCGUUUUAAUGUUGUUACAAACCAAUUUUAGAAUCUAUUUGAUUCAUGUGAUAUAAUGUUUUUAAGGUAACCAACUGUACAAGAGAAAAGUCUGUAGAUAAAAAAGUGUAGUGUAAAUAUUAAGUAUAAAAUUUUAAUAUCUUUGUUUGAUUGUUUUUCUCUAUCAGCAAUUUAUUUAAUGAUUUUUCUUUUUUUCUGAUGAGAAAAUUGUGAUAUAGAAAUGAAUAAAGUAAACUCUUUGUGUAAAUAUUACAUUUAAUUUUAGAUUUUAAAAAAUAGAAGUAAAUCUGCAAAUUUUAAGAGAGUAUUGCUUUCUUUUUUUUCAGUAUUUAAUUAUAAAAAGUUUUAAUUUUUGUUUAUACUAUAAUUUAUUAUCGAUUUAUUUAAAUUAAAGAAAAAAUGGAAUGGCGCAUAGUUAUAGAAUAAUAUAUACUUUUUACAUAAUGAUUGAUGACAUUUUGCUCCCUCUUUUCGAAUUGCACAUCAUCUCAUAUGAUAAUAUGAUUAUUCAAAACUGUUAAUGUAGAAAUAAAUCAAAAAGGUGAUAGGCAAUAUCUUGACAGUUGUAUUGUGUUGUAAA